UGAGCACCGAUAUGUCUCAAUGUUCUUUUGUUUUUAGAAAUGAUUGCCUUCAUCUUGCUAAGUCUUGCUGCAGUGCUUUAACAGUCUUUUGGAAAUGUUGAUUUUAACUCUGAGUCAACCAGGAGACAAGAAAAACAAAAGGAGAUUGUUGACUUGCACAAUUCUUUAAGGAGAUCUGUGAGUCCAGCUGCUAGCAACAUGCUAAAAAUGGUAAACAAUUUACUGCCUUUUGGAGAAGACUUCAGAAGUCAGGUCUUGCCCUUCGAUGGUGCUGUCUGCUCUCUCAAAACUGGUGACCCAAACCAAAGAGACCAAGACAAUGCAAACAAAGUCAAUUAUCUAUUGAUACUGCAUGAGGGUUUUGGAAAUCACAAAUGUAAGAGUAAUAACACCAUCCUGUUCAUCUUUUUUCAUUCCAGAGGGAACAUCAUAGGUUCAAUUGCUACUCCAUAUAAAUCAGGGCCACCUUGUGCAGACUGUCCUUCGGCUUGUGACAACGGACUAUGCACAAAUACUUGCAAGUAUGAAGAUGUCUUCUCAAACUGCAAAAUUUUAAAGAACAGAUAUGGAUACCAUAUUGAUUUGGUCAGGACAUAUUGUCGUGCUACUUGCUUCUGCCACAAUGAAAUAAUAUAGC